UUACUCUGCGCGCGCAUCUUCUUUCUUUACUUCUGGCUAUGACGCCAGCCAAACCUCUAGACGACUCUCUAACACAGCCUCCGGAGCAGUGAUGUACAUGUACAAGUACGCUACUACAGUAGUCAACUCGUACACUACGAGUAUUUCGCGCGCUGUCGUGUGCUCACCCGUCCUCCAAAGCUGUCUUUAUUGGAUCGAUGAAUGGGGAUUAUUAGCCACCCCUCUGUCUCUCCCUCGAGUCCCUCCCCUCCCCCCCUCCGCCCCUUCUACCGCCGCCCGGAAGACCCGCUUUUGGCUGGCUUCUGUCCACUGCUCUGGCUUCUGGAUGUCUCAGAUGCUCAGAAUGUACUCCGUACCUUCGAGUACAUACAUAUGCGACACAGUUAUGGUCGAAGUACAUGAACAUCAUCUUUCAUUUCUCCAAGAUGUUCUUAUAUGGUAAACAACACUCGAUCACUUUUCAUGCUGUGGUGACCUUUCCCGUCUUUGUCCUAAUGGAGACCCUUACUGUUGUUGUUGUUAUUAACUGUGAGAGAGGGAUGACGGAUAUGCAAAUCAAUAGCUGGGUACUUACUAC